GUGCUGCCCCCACGCCUGACAACCUCCUGCGAUCCCCGACUGUCAGACCUGAGUCUUGUGGAGAGCGUCUCGAGGCCCUUGAGACAUUGCAGAGAACUCCUCGUGUGUUCACUCCGCAAAGCUGGAGUGUUUCUGUCUUUGCCUUCCCGCGCCAAAUGUCCCGUCCUUACUGGUGUCGGAGCUGCGCCUAUGAUCUAUCGACUCGCCAGGCCUGUUAAAGAGCACCCGAGUCCGAUGUGCCAAGCGGCCAUUUGACCCGGCAGUUUUGAUUAUUUUUUGGAACCUCAUCUAGUCGCCACUAAUCGCCAUUGUCUAUCGUGUGCUCGUGACGAGAACGAGCCUUUGGAGAAUCUCCCGCCUCUCAGGAACCUCCCUUCUCGUUUCCAAAAUGCUUUCCCAACGCCGCAUCAAGCUAUUGGCCAUUGGGGUCCUGGCUUUCAUCAUUAUCACGUUGUAUUACUCGGGCGAUGCACGGAGAGUCCAGAACCAGAAGUUUUAUCAAUCAACAGUAGCGGCCAUAGAAGCUCAUAGGGAUGCGAGGAACUUUGGGACUACCGCAGAAGGCUCGUCGCGGAAAGAGCCGCCCAACUUGAAGCAGGCCGAUGGAACCCCGAUGAAACCGAUCACCGACGAAAUGAAGCCCGCGAUCCCCAAAGAGGGCGAGGAGGAGACCGAAGAGAUACCAAUCGCAGGACGGACAAAGAUGACGGUCACCAAGAAUCGCAAUGACGCCGAAAAGCAAGAGCAGGUGUCGGUGGCUGAUGAGCAUGUUGAGGCGAAGACCGAGCUUAAUAGCAUAUUGAAACGCUCUCCAAUCAUUAUUUUCUCCAAAUCCUACUGCCCGCACAGUGCGAGGGCCAAAUCUAUCAUCCUAGACAAAUAUUCUAUCGUCCCCGCGCCGUACGUUGUGGAGCUCGACCAGCACCCCUUGGGACCCCAGCUACAGGCUCUUCUAGCCGAAAACACAGGCCGCCGCACUGUUCCCAACGUGCUGGUGAGCGGCCGGAGCAUUGGGGGCGGCGACGAUGUGGCAGCUCUCGACGAGAAAGAUGAAUUGGCAUCCACCCUGAAGAGUUUCGGGGGCAAAUGGCUUCAAGGGGUCAGUCAUAAGCAGGCCGACAGUUAAGGCCGAUCAGACAGAGACCGGGAUUGUGUAGUAUAUAGGAUAAGUGGCGCUCUUUGUGUUUGAUAUCAAAAGCGGGAUACUGGCCUGGCGCACUGGAUGAUGAUUUUAUAUUGCAGCAUAUAUAUAAUGGAAGUGAACGGAUAUACGGGGCAGUCCACCG